GAGCGGGCGGAGCGGCUGCGGGAGCUGCUGGGAGAGCGCGGGGUGGGGGUGGGAUCACACGGCGGCGGCGGCGGAGGCAGCGGCAGCGGCAGUGGCGGCGGAGGCCCAGAGACCUGAACGCCGAAACCUCGGUCCGUGGCCUACACGGAGCCCUCUCUCCAUCUGAGGACCAGGGAACCGCAGUCUUCAACACAGAGGUACCGUGCUCCGCUCUCCCGCCCGGCCCGGCUCAGCCUGCUGCGGCGGUGCCUCCUUCCUUCCUUCUUCCCUCGCUCUCUUUCUCGCCCGCCCGCGCCUUCCCUGUCUGCCUGCGUCACCGCGGCCGCCAUGGCUGAGAACGGCGAGAGCAGCGGCCCCCCGCGCCCCUCCCGCGGCUCUGCUGCGGCGCAAGGCCCGGCCUCUGCCCCGGCGGAGCCUAAAAUCAUCAAAGUCACUGUGAAGACCCCCAAAGAGAAAGAGGAGUUCGCAGUGCCCGAGAACAGCUCAGUCCAACAGUUUAAAGAAGCGAUUUCGAAACGCUUCAAAUCCCAAACCGAUCAGCUAGUGCUGAUUUUUGCCGGAAAAAUCUUAAAAGAUCAAGAUACCUUGAUCCAGCAUGGCAUCCAUGAUGGACUGACUGUUCACCUUGUCAUCAAAAGCCAGAACCGACCUCAGGGUCAGUCCACACAGCCCAAUAGUGCCGCGGGAACUAAUACUACCACCGCGUCGACUCCCAGGAGUAACUCCACACCUAUUUCCACAAAUAGCAACCCGUUUGGUUUGGGGAGCCUGGGAGGACUUGCAGGCCUUAGCAGCUUGGGCUUAAGCUCGACCAACUUCUCUGAGCUCCAGAACCAGAUGCAGCAGCAGCUCCUGUCCAGCCCUGAGAUGAUGAUCCAAAUCAUGGAAAAUCCCUUUGUUCAGAGCAUGCUUUCAAAUCCUGAUCUGAUGAGGCAGCUCAUUAUGGCCAAUCCACAGAUGCAACAAUUAAUUCAAAGAAACCCAGAAAUAAGUCACCUGCUUAACAACCCAGAUAUAAUGAGGCAGACCCUCGAAAUCGCCAGGAAUCCAGCUAUGAUGCAAGAGAUGAUGAGAAAUCAAGACCUGGCUCUCAGCAAUCUCGAAAGCAUCCCAGGUGGCUACAAUGCUUUACGGCGCAUGUAUACUGACAUUCAAGAACCCAUGCUGAAUGCCGCACAGGAGCAGUUUGGGGGUAAUCCGUUUGCCUCGGUGGGGAACAGUUCCUCUUCUGGGGAAGGUACGCAGCCUUCUCGCACAGAAAAUCGAGAUCCACUACCCAAUCCAUGGGCACCGCCACCGGCUACCCAGAGUUCUGCGACCACUAGCACAACAACUAGCAGUGGCAGUGGAUCUGGCAGUAGCUCCAGCAGUGCUACGGGGAACACAGUUGCUGCAGCCAAUUAUGUCGCUAGCAUCUUUAGCACCCCAGGAAUGCAGAGCUUGCUGCAACAGAUAACCGAAAACCCCCAGCUGAUCCAGAAUAUGCUGUCUGCGCCCUAUAUGAGAAGCAUGAUGCAGUCGCUUAGCCAGAAUCCAGAUUUGGCUGCACAGAUGAUGCUGAAUAGCCCUGUGUUUACUGCAAAUCCUCAGCUGCAGGAGCAGAUGCGUCCACAGCUCCCUGCUUUCCUGCAGCAGAUGCAGAAUCCAGACACACUGUCAGCCAUGUCAAACCCAAGAGCAAUGCAGGCUUUAAUGCAGAUCCAGCAGGGGCUACAGACAUUAGCUACUGAAGCUCCUGGCCUAAUUCCAAGCUUCACUCCAGGGGUGGGGGUAGGGGUGCUGGGAACAGCUAUAGGCCCUGUAGGCCCAGUCACACCCAUAGGCCCCAUUGGCCCCAUAGUCCCAUUUACCCCCAUAGGCCCCAUUGGGCCCAUAGGACCCACUGGCCCUGCAGGUCCCCCUGGUUCCACUGGCUCUGGAACCCCCCCUGGGCCCACCGUGUCUAGCUCUGCACCCAGUGACACGACGAGCCCAACAUCGGAAUCUGGACCCAACCAGCAGUUCAUUCAGCAAAUGGUGCAGGCUCUCGCUGGAGCAAAUCCUCCGCAGCUGCCGAAUCCAGAAGUCAGAUUUCAGCAACAACUGGAACAGCUCAACGCAAUGGGGUUCUUAAACCGGGAAGCAAACUUGCAGGCUCUAAUAGCAACAGGAGGCGACAUCAACGCAGCCAUUGAAAGGCUGCUGGGCUCCCAGCCAUCGUAAUUAUACUUCUGUACCUUGAAAAAAUGUAUCUUAUUUUUGAUAAUGGCUCUUAAAUCUUUAAACACACAGAAUUGUGCUUUACUUUCAUUUUGAUUCCUUUAAAUCUGUCUAGUUAUAAAUCUAAUAUGCAUUUUAAGGUGGAGUCUUUUCCUCCCUCUUUGUUUCCUUCCUCCCUUCCUCCUUCUCUCUUCCCUCCCUUCUUGCCUUCCUUCUCUGUUUUGAAUGGUGGGAAUCAAUGCUGUUUCACUCAAAGGUGUUGCAUGCAAACACUUCUUUAUUCUGCAUUUAUUGUGAUUUUUGAGAACUGGUAUCAACCUUUACGGUUGGGUGAACAAGUUUUGUCCUACAGAUGUCCAAUUUAUUUGCAUUUUAAACAUUAGACUAUGAUAGUAAUUUAAUGUAGACUGAAAAUAUUAAAAGCAGAAACAAAUUAUUUGAAACUCUAAUUUGUGGUACAAUAUUGCUUAUUGUGACUUUGGCAUGUAUUUUUGCUAGCAAAAUGCUGUAAGAUUUAUACCAUUCUUUGAUCUUUUUUGCUAUAUUUAUAUGCAGUACAGUAAGCACAAUUGGAACUGUAUACCUAGAAAUGUUACAACAGAAUCUCUGAGCAGAAUAUAUAUAACCAAAAUGAGAGAGACUAUAAGAAAUAUUUCUGGAGCUUGAUGUAUUUCACAAUUUUGUAGAAUCUUACAGCAUCUUUGAUAAACUUCUCAGUGAAAAUGUUGGCUAGGCAAGUUCAGUUAAAAUAUAGUAGAAAUGUUUAUCCUGGUAUCUCUUAAGUAUACAUUUAAUUGUACAGAAAACUUACAGUGUGGCAUUGUGUCAACAUUUGCAAAUUGAUUGUAUAUGAUCUUAAUCUUAGUGCAGCCUGAAGGAUCAGUAUAGUAAUGCCAGGAAAGUGCUUUUUUACCUGAGAAUUCCUUCUCAGCUUCUUUUAAGAGACCCUAAUACGCAUUUUGAUUUGUAAUUGGAAAUGUAACUUUCACUGAAAGUGUCAUGUGACGUUUGCAUUACUUUUAACUGCUGUGUAUAAAGGAAACUGUAUCUUUUGAGUCUAUCAGUUAUUUCUCUUGUGCACAGGGAAAAAUGCAUUAAAAUGACUAAAAAAAUAAAAAAAAUUAAAAAUGGA